AUGCCUUCUCACACUGUCACGGCAAAUGGAGGCAGUAGGAGGCCUGCAAGGUUGAUAGCACGUCUCAGACAGGCAUUCGUGAUCAACCCCGGUGAUAACGACAGACAAUUCCUACCAUGUGGAAAACUAAGAGAGUUAUGCGAUGAGCAGUCUGUCACCCAAGAGCUGGCCAGGGCCUUUCCUGAGCAUGAUGCUGCCUUUUGCCAACAACGCGCCAGGUGGAUCUGUCAUGGACAAGCUCAAGACAGAUCCAUCACGCCUCAGCCGUCCCUCAGAAUCUUCACUAUUGUUGUUCUCCUCGGCCAAGUCAGAUUGAUUGAGACAUUCCUACAACAUCAAUUCUGCGACAACGACCUUCCGUUAUUCAGUACGCCAAGGUUUACAGCACUUUACUCAUCACGGCAUCAACAAGCGCCUUACUUGAGCUUCCUCGACGAGGAUGACCCAUACCACAUCAUAAAGAGUUUCUUUCAUGAUCAAUGGUCUGUCCUAUCACCAUCUUUCACUCCUCCUACCGCUGGAGACACGCGUUGCGAUGUCCAUGACCUUCAUACACAUGCAAUAUUACCCAUCGAGGAGAUCUCCAAGAAGCAAUAUCCAGGCGGGUUUGGAUUGGUGGAAAAGGUCAAGAUACACAGGGAUCACAACGGUUUCAGACACGAGUACUUUGCCCUCAAGACUAUGCAUCCCAUGACACCCGACGAGAGAGACAAGUUCUUCCAGCAGGAACUUGACGCUUUCCAACAAGCUCGACCCGGUGGACAUAUCAUAGAAAUUUGCGCUGCCUUCAAAAAGGGAGAAAAACGUGGUUUUCUCUUCCCCUGGGCAGACGGAGGCACUCUCAAUCAUUUAUGGCUCAGGGCACCACACGAGAUCGUCAAAUCUGCAGGAGUCAAGUGGGCUGACUUCAGCCGAUGGAUUUGCCUACAGUGCUAUGGCAUCAUCCACGACCUCUUCGCAAUCCAUGAACCGUUCGUCAUGUCCGCCAAGAACGACGAGGACCUCUACGGAAUACACGGCGAUAUUAAGCCAGACAACGUCUUGUACUUCACCAAAGACGGCUCGCCGUUGGGAACACUCAAGGUCUCGGAUUUAGGUCUCAUGAAGUUUCACAGACUCAUCUCCCGCACCGCCCAUUCAAAGUCCAUGGGUUUCGCCUACCAGACGUACAGGGCGCCUGAGCACGACCUGAACAAGGUGAGGUCGAGGAAAAUCGAUAUCUGGGCGUUUGGCUGCCUAUUCGCCGAAUUUGGUACAUGGGCAUUGGGCGGACACAACGCGAUUGAACUAUUCAAGACCUAUCGCCUCGACGAGGACAAGGGCAACAUAGAUGAGAGCAAAGGAGAGUGGUCGGAGGACAACUUCUUCAUCUUGAAGACGACUCGAUUUUCGCAAAACAAGGUAGCCAAGCGAAAGAGUUCAGUAGAUGAGUGGUUUACAGUGCUUAUCAAAGACUUGGGCCCGGAUAUGGCAAACACCUUCUUCCCGGAAUUCCUCCGAUUCAUCCAGAACUCGAUGCUUGAUCCUGACCGGAAGCAUCGCGCAGACUGCAAAAUGGUAGAGUCCUUCCUCGGAAGACUCUUACGCAUACCCCCUGAAAGUCCUUAUUGGAACUUCCCUGGAACGCGGCCAUACCCAAAUGGCGGUGCCACCUGGACAAGUUCGACGGGAACCCCUACUUGGUAG